AUGUUUGAGGAUUCACUUUCAGAGGACCUCAAAAGUUUCUCCAAUACUGAACCAAAAAAUGUUCGAUAUAAGGUUUUAAACCAUAUCAAUGAUGUCUUACAUUCUAUGGGGCAUGACAUAAAUGAGUAUAACCUCGUCUUAGAGAAUAUUAGACCUUCUGAAACUACAAAGGACACAAAAGAUAUCCAUUUUGAGAGAAACAUAAUUGUUAGUGAAGAGGACUUGUUGUUACCAAAAAAAUUAAAUGUCGAACAACUUAUAUCGUACAAUACAAUUAUUGAUAGAAUAUCUUCUAAGAAGGCAGGAGUUUUUUUCGUUGAUGGUCCCGGAGGAACAGGUAAAACUUACUUAUAUCGGGCAUUAUUAGCAACUGUUCGAUCUCAAGGAUUCAUAGCUUUAGCAACUGCAACUUCAGGAGUAGCAGCUUCUGUUCUUCCUGGAGGACGAACUGCUCACUCGCGUUUUAAAAUGCCUAUUGACAUAGAUGAUAAUUUUUGUUGUAAUAUUAGUAAACAAAGUCCACUUGCUUGUUUAAUUAAAGAUGCAAAAUUAAUUGUAUGGGAUGAAGCAUCUAUGGCAAAAAAAAACAUAAUUGAAGCUCUUGAUGUACUUUUGAGAGAUAUAAUGGAUGUGAAGACACUUUUUGGUGGUAAAGUUAUUGUAUUUGGAGGUGACUUUAGACAGACUCUUCCAGUAGUGCGAAACGGGAAAAAAGAAGAUUUUAUUCAUCAAAGCAUGUUAUACUCCAACAUUUGGAAUGAUCUUGAGAAAUUACAUCUAUCUGAAAAUAUGCGUGCAAGAACAGAUCCAUCUUUUUGUGAAUAUCUACUUAGAAUUGGAAAUGGAAAAGAAACAACUCAGUGUGAAAACAAAAUUGAGAUUCCUAAUUCUCUUAUUAUUCCUUUUACAACUGAAGAACAAUCCUUAGAUACCUUAUUUAACGUAACAUAUCCUGAUCUAUGUACAUUUUCUUCUGAUUCAUCUGCAAUAUCUUCUCGUGUUAUUUUAACAACAAAAAAUGAUUUUGUAAAUGAAAUAAAUGAUAUGCUAAUCACAAAAUUUCCAGAAAGAGCUAGAACAUAUGUCGCAACAGAUGAAACUGUUGAACCAAAUGAUCAAAGCCAAUUUGAAGACUUUUUACAUACUUUACACCCUCCUGACUUACCUCCUUAUAAGUUAACUUUAAAAGAGAAUUGCCCAGUUAUGUUGUUACGAAAUUUGAAUCCUUCCGAAGGUUUAUGUAAUGGCACACGAUUAACAUGUUGCGACCUUAAAACGCAUGUCAUAAGUGCUAAAAUUGAAAGUGGUGACUUCAAAAAUACACAUGUAUUUAUUCCAACAAUUCCAUUACUGACAUCACAAGAUGAGAAAAUUCCUGUACAAUUUAAAAGGACACAGUUUCCUGUGCGAUUGUGUUUUGCUAUGGCUAUAAAUAAAGCACAAGGUCAAACGUUAGAUUUUGUUGGAAUUUACCUACGAGAACCUGUUUUUUCACAUGGUCAAUUAUAUGUGGCUUUAUCAAGAGCAAAAAGUUCAAAAUGUGUCAAAAUACUAAUUCGUCCCCCUACUGCAGACAGUAAUGAUCAUCAUUCAACAUAUAAUAUAGUGUAUGAUGAAAUUAUUCAGAGAGCCUUCUCAUAG